AUGAAGGACGCUAGAAUAGUUUUAGAUAACGAGUAUAACACGUAUUACGCAGGACAAACGCUGAAUGGGAGGAUAGAAUACGAGUUUGAUAGUCCUAUAAAAGUUCGAGGUAUUUAUGUCAGAUUCAAAGGCGAAGCCAACACGGCUUGGACAGAGACGAAAGAGGAACAGACAAGCACGCAGACUGAUCAGGCACAAUAUGAGACCAGAGACACUAUGCACACUGGACAUGAGGAAUACUUUAACAUCAUGUAUUACAUGCUUGGAAGUGCUGAAGGUAGCGAAAUUGAGAUUCCAGCUGGGAAGCAAGUGUAUAACUUCACAUGCACAUUACCUCCCGUGCUACCAUCCUCGUUUGAGAGCCAGUAUGGCUAUGUGCGGUAUACCCUAAAGGUAACCCUGGACAGGCCGUGGCAGUUCGACCAUCACACAAAGUUAGCCUUUACUGUUAUUAACCCCUUGGACCUGAAUCUCAACAACUCAUAUAAAGAACCAAUCCAUUUGCAAAUGGAGAAAACAUUCUGCUGCUUGUGGUGCGCAUCAAGCCCACUCACUGUGGAUGUGAGAGCGCCGGUGUCUGGUUACUGCCCAGGACAAGUCAUUCCUAUCAAUGUUGACAUUGAAAACAAGAGUAAUGUGCAAGUACACCUUGUCCAAGUUGCUCUUAGAAGGGUGGUGACAUUUAGAGCGACGACGCCAACUUCCGCCACGAAAAUUUUGAGGGAAGUGGUUGUGGAGAUCCAGGAGGGCCCAGCACCUGCUGGGUCUACCAAACACUGGGACAUGCGUCUUGAGGUCCCUUCCAUACCUCCCUCCAAUCUCGUUAAUUGUGGCAUCAUCGAUUUGGACUAUGAUCUGAAUGUAGUGUGCAAAGUGUCGGGCUUACAUCAAAACCUGACGGGUAAGAAGUACGUGACGAUCGGCACUGUGCCGCUGAUGGGGCAGCUGGCUGUGCCUACGGCACCCCCGCCUCGCCCCGUUCGCGACGACCCUGCUGUGCUGCCCGUUUCGCCUGGCCCACCGAUGGAUUCUUAUGGCGGUGAUACUUCAGGCUGGACCGUACCUGGCGCGCAACCCCCUUAUCAAUCGUUAUAUCCUACACUCACUCAACCAGUAUACAAGGUGUCUCCGUACACGGCACGCACGAUUCAAGACCGCGAGGACAGGAACCACACGCAGGUGGUGGGGCCGACGAGCUUCGCGCCCUGCUAUCCUACCUACGCUGCGGUCCAGCCACCUCCGUUGCCACAGUAGACGGAUGGUAUAGUCAACAGCACAUAAAGCGCUUUUGUUCGAAUGUCACCUCCAGCGCAACGGAACAAGAUCCGUCAAUGUGUAGCUUGAUGUGCUGCCGUCUGUACAUUGAAAAUAGGGUGAAUCUGGGAUGAAAACAAAAAACUUGUCAAUCAAAGUUAAAAGAACUAAGAUAUAAAAAUCUGGUAUGUCACAUAAGCGAUUUAAUAUAAUCUAUUUAAAUCCAUUUUGUAGCAAAAGUAAACAAAUCAGUUUCUGAAGCAAUUACUCAAUAUAUGGAAUAAGUAACACUACACGUAUAUUUUGAAGAUUUCGACUUGAUUAUCACUUUUUCCAACGAUAUUAAGUUGAAUAACAAUUUAAAUUUAUAAAAUUUUAAAUAAUGUUAGUGGAAAAGUGAAGUUUUGAAAUGAAUUGUCGCAUAAUGCUGUACUAAAAAAAAAUCAUUCCGUUCAUUCAGUUAAAGUUUUUUAAUCGAUUAGUAAACCAAAUAUUUCAAUCACAAUCGAGCAAGUAUUUAAGUAUAAGAAUUUAAAGGAAAUUUAAGACUUCGGAAAUUUUAAGUUUACUUUUAUAGGUUAUGUAAGAGAAACCAUACUAGUAAUAAAGUAAGUAUAUAUGAAAAUAUAAUUACUCAGUAUCGAAUCAUAAUGUUUUUUGUUAGUAAUCAGCAGCGAAAUCGCAAAAACAACUGUUACCAACUGAUUCAAUUAAACAAAUCGAUUCAUUCCAUCAAUUAAUUGAUUUGUAGUUCGCAGUACAACAGGCCAUCACGACAUCUACGGUCGGGUCAGCGACCUUUACUUUUUGGGUAUAAUGGAUUGAAACGCAUUAUAGCAAUAAACAUUGCAUAAUAUUUUAUACAUUAAUCUCCUUACUUAAGACGUAUUCCACCCUUUCUUAAGGGUUGAGAUUCACCACAUUUUGCGGUAUAUAAAGACAGACAUUAAAGACAAAAAUACCGCACAAAAAUUGCUAAUAUAAUAAAAUUGUACUAAAAGUAUUAGUAUGCAGUGGCGAAGUAUGAAUUAAUGCCGUUAUAUUAUAUUGACACGCAAAUAAAAAACAGAAAAUGAAAUUAUUUCUUAAGAAAAACACUUGCAAAUAGAUACUAUAUUCAUGGUAUUAUAAUAAGACAAGCAUGGUAACUCCAUAAAAACAUAGCAUCGCGGCUUGUAUGAUUGCACUCACAGAUUAGUAUAAUAAUGAAAGGCGUUUGGGACAACCUACGCUAUGCAUCGCGAGAUUAUGCGAAUGUGUGCAUCCGUAUUUGACACAGAGUGGGCCGCGUACACAUAAAAAUCGCGCUGUUACGUUUGUAGGGAGUAGUGUUGGGUCGCGUCGCAAACAGUAGAAUUUUGAAAAUUCAUAUUUUUCCACAUUUGGCAGUUGACAUCUGUCAAAAGUUGAAGAUACUAUGUCCGUUGGAUUGUGUAACCGAUCAUCUUCGAUUGAGUGCGUUCCUGGUACACAAUUUGUCACAUACCAUGUAUCUUUCAACUCGGACAGUAGUAGAAAUGUCCUCAGUGGGACAGAACCCAAAACCUACAAAAUUUGAAUUGAAUGAAAACAACGGGAGCCAUUUUGAAGAUGUUUUUUUACUUAUUUCUAUUUUUUCCUAUAAAUAUCAUUUUAAAUGUCGGUUUACUCUAAUUUGCUUUUAGAUAUACAAUUAUAUUUUACAAUUCACGCUAAAUAAAUUUUUCAAAAAUGUUUCCGGAAAAUUUUCCACAUUUGAAAUUUCUGAAAAUUACCCAACAGUAGUAUGGAGUUCAUACUCGUCUUACUUUAUACUAUGCUAUAGUCAUAGGUCGUAUCAGUUUCUGAUCUUAAAGCGUAGUUGCAAGUUAUAUUCUUUACCACGGAUGUGAGACAAUCUACAACUUAUUACUAAUUCUCUCAUAAUUCAAUCUCAAUCGAGUUGACUUACCAUUAAAGUUGACGAAGAUGGUACGUAUUUUUUUUUUCAUAGGAGUGAAAGACACCUUUGUUCAA